AUUCCUUUUCCAUUCUCCUUGGGAAGGUCUAAGAUACCGCAAUGCCUAAUAAAGAAGGGGGAAACAGUUUUGCACAAUAUUCAUCUGGAAAUAUCAAUGUGAACAGUUACCAGCAGCAACCGUCAAAGAAGCAACAGAGACGGUAUGCGACACGCGAAGAAAGUGAAGCAACUGUACCUGUUUUCACAACACCUCAGGUUAUGUAUAUAAGAAGAGAGCUUAACUCGAUACCACGGUUUACUUCUAGUCAACCUUUACACACAUUACCAUCUACGCAACAACCCUACUCUACAACGAAAGCUCAACUGCGUACAAAUUAUAAUAGUUCUCUACCAUCCUCACCUUCAUCCCCUCUUUAUAAAGAUGCGGCGAGUGGUGCAUUUGAUUUUUAAUCAAAAGAAUAUCCUUCAGUGCGUCUGACUUCACCUAUAAGGUAUUCAGAAAGCGUUAAGCAUGUUAUUUUUAACUAACUAAUGACCUCACAACUAACUGAAGCUCGAAAUGGUUGAAUAAUGUUGGAUCUAAAGUACCUCUAUCGAAGGUAAGAACCUCUUCAUGCUAGCUCUUCCAAGAAUGGUAUUCCUGGAAGAUCAAACUAUACAAAUACAACAAGCUCAACUUCAGUACA